AUGUCAUGGUCUCUGAACGCCCCUACAGCAGUCCCGAGAUCGAAAAAAUCAUUUUCAAUUGUCUCUAGGAAGGGUGUUCCGGUGUUUAUAAAGCCUGGCAAAAUGUAUGUUUAUACAAACGAUGGAUGGCAAGUAGAUAGAACAUUAGCGACCUUACAUCACAAAAUUGCUUCGUGUUAUAUAUCACAAACAGGUAAAUACGUUGUUCAUCUUCCGAAAUUAACUCCUCUUUUAGCAAUACACGAUACAAAAUCACCUCCCACAUUAUUAAAUAUACCUUGUCCUGCAUAUGAACCAGAACAAAAAGAAGAUGCUAAAUUACAAACAAAAAUAGCACCAGAUGGUACAAGUUUACUCGUUGCAAAUCCAUUUGCUCAAGUUAAAGAUGUAACGUACAUAUUUAAUGGUCAGAAUAAACCUAUUACAGACUUUGCAACUCUUGUUAAACAGUUUGUAAUCUCUGAUUCAGGAAAAAUUGCAGCGAUUUUACUCGAAGAUAAUAUUUGGGUUUGGCAACAAUUAGAAGAGCAAUACAGAUGUGUUGGAUUUUGGACAAAUUUGAACGCCGAACAACAUUUUCCAGGUGGAUUCCACAUGGCGCAAGAAAAUCCAAUUACAAUCUUCAAAAGUUUAGCAGUUUUCGAUAACCCUGACGAAGGCAAAGGAGCCUGCUUCAUUACUGCAGUCUUACCACCAUCUAAGCCAUGGGAUACUAUUUACUUAUUCAAUUCAAUUUGUAAUUUUAAUUACGGUUACCAACCAAAGUUUAGUCGUCAAUCUAUUACAUUACCUGUCACAGAAGGAAAGGCCACACCAAGAUUAUGGUGGUCUCCAUGUUGCAGAAUCUUAGUUGUUGCCAUUGCAAAGAAUCUUGUAAUGCUAACAAGAGAUUUAGAGAUGAUUGCGAUCAUUCCUUUGAUAGAUAUCUUUAAAUCAGAUGAUUCAGAAGUUGCUUGGCUUGCAUGGAGCACUAAUCUUCAAUUCUUUGUAGUAACAACAUAUACAGGCUUGAUUGGAGCAAUUACAAGACAUGGAAAAUCUUUGAAACAUAAAAUUUGUCACAUGUCACCUUUUGAUGAUGAAAAAUCAGCACCUCUUGGCUGUUAUUGUGAUUCAGAUCUUGGCAAUGUUUUCAUUAUAUACUCGAGAACUAAGUUCAGACAUUUCACCAUCAGAGAACAAUUAUUUGAACACAACAUUGAAAACAUUAUUUCGAUGCCGUUUCCAAAUAGAUUGGCUUGUAAAUACCAUAAAACAGCUUUGGAACUCAUCAGAAAUAUCGAGAAAGAUGAAAGUAUUGAAGAUUUUUGCAAGUUGAUUUAUUUUGCUGACGUUUUUCGUUUGUUUUAUUUCAAAUCUCCUUUGAGAUAUGAAAUUUUAGAAGUCAUCAAAAGUGUUUGCGAUUCAUUCCUUAAAUCAGGAAAGAAUGAUGCUCUUUGCUUCUUUAUUAUCAGAGCAGCUUUGAAGAUAACUAAUGAGACAUUCCCUGCUUUAGAUGAUGUAAUGAAAAUGCUUUCAACAUCAUCAAAUCCAAGAGACAGAUUAUUACUUAGAAUUUUGGAUGAAGAAGUCAGUAGAAGAGAUUGGUGUAUAAAAUCAAUAGCCAACGUGAAAGAGAUUACUUUCUAUGAUAAUUCCGAAGAAGGAACUGCAGGAGCUGCGACAAUGGCACCUCCUCAUCAUAACAGAGAUGUGGAUGUCAUCAAAGUCAUCAAAUUUAUCAAUGGCUUAUUGUUUAAACGUGAAUUUGAUGCAACUCUUGAUGAUGUUGACAUCGAUUUGAAUGUUAUCUUAGAAAUGUUGAUAGAAUUAGGAAGAUUCGACAGAGCUCUUCACAUUGCAAGACAUCCAUCAAUUGAAUCAGGAGUUCCUAAUGUUUUCGCAAGAGUUAUUUCUCUCCAUCCAACAAACGCAGCAAGUUUAUAUAAAACAAUGUUGAUGUGCAUCGAAUUGGACCAUAACCAAGAAGAUGACAUCAGAGCAUUAUGCCUUAAUGCUUUGUUAAACAUUAUGAGACAGAGAAUUGCAGAUACAGCACCAAAUUACAGAGAUAAAGAUGAAAUCGCUGUAAGUGAUUUAUGCAUGGCAGAAGAAGCACUUGAACUACCAAUUCCUGAGAAUAUAAAUGAAUGCCAAGAUUUUGGUGUUGUCAGUGCUUUGGCUUUCUGCGCAACAGGAUUCCAAAACGCAAGUUAUUUCUUCAACGGAAGAAGCGUUAUGAUUCCAAGUGUUUUGAGAGGACCAACAAGAGAAUUGUUUAGAUUGUUGUGGUUCAUCAGAUGGAGACACAAUGCUUUCCAAGAGUCUAUUGUUAAAGGACAUCCAGGAGAUGCUGCUUUGAGACUUUUGGAGUUCCCUGAAUUUAUAAAUGUCGAACAAAGCCGUGCAAUGAUUGAACAAAUGUUUGAAAAUGAUAAUAACUUGUUCAGUCCUGAUGUUUAUGAACAUUAUAUUACAGAUAAAGACAAAGAUUUCGAGUUAGAUCCUGAUUUUGUUGAUUUCGCUUGUGAAUUCGCUGCAAGAUUAACUCAAAAAGAUUUAACAGAUGUUUCAAUCGCUGUUUUAGGAUUUAUUGCUAGAGAAGAAGAUAUUCCACACUCAACAAUUUUAUUAGCAGCAGUUGUUUCUCAUUUGUUGCCAUGGUUAAGAACAGCAAUUCCUUUGGCAAUGACUGGCUUCGACAUGCCGAUGGUUGUUCCAAAUAGUUUGUUAGAAAUUGAAGAUUUCUCAUUCCCAAGAUACAAACCAAAAUUGACGAUGCCUUCUCCAGAAGAAAAGAAGAAACCAGAUGUUGUCAUACAGAGCGUUGAAGUAUUGGAUGAAACACCAAUUUCAGCCGAAAGUAUGGCAGAUUACAAUUCAUCUGAUGAUGAUGAAUUCAAGCCACCUCCAAUGGAUCUUCCUUUGGCAAAGCCAGGUCCAGGAGGAGAUUACUUGAGUGAAGGAGAAGAAGAUUUAAGGCCAAAGAAAGAAAAAGUUAAGAAAGAGAAAUCAGAAUCAGAAAAGAAGAAGAAAAAGAAAUCAAAGCACAAACCAGAAGUCAAAAAAGUACAAAGAGACAGACCAAGAUUACGACUUAUCGAUGUUGAUCCUGAUGCAGCUGUUAAAGAGAAAGGUCCUCCACCAGGCCAGCCAAGAUUAAUCUCUGUUACUCCACCAGCACCAAUGGUUCCUAGCGGCUAUGGACCAUCGAUACCUCCAACACCAGAAGAAAUGAGACAGAAUUUACCAGGACCUGGAUUUGGAAUACCAAUGCUUGGUCCUGCAAUGCCACCUUACACUCCCUCUGUUUACAUGCCAGCACAAAACGGCCAAGGACCUGCAUUUGGACCUAUUUGGGACAUGGAUCCUUCCUUGUUCAACAGAAACUUCCCGAAGCCUUGUCCAAAUAUUCCUCUUGAAAAGAACAGAAAUGGAGGAUAUUCUUCACAAGGAGUACAGGCUAAACCAGAGUUUAAUCCACACACUGAAUACGUCAUGGUAUCCAAAGAGAAAGAACACGAAAUGGAUACACAAAGUGUCUCUGAUUUCAGCUUCUCUUCAGCUGGUCCUGAAUACCCUGCUUUGGAUCCAUUCCCAUUCGAUGAUGAAUUAAGUAGAAGAGUUGAAAGACUCUUAAACGAACCUUACAUUCAAGAAACUGUCAUUAGAAGACAAAGAAUUGUUAGGAAAGGAGCGAACUUAGAUGAUGAGCCAACAAAGGACUUUUAA